AUGGUCAAAGGCAGGCAGGGUCGGGCAACAGCAGACAGGAACACAGACAGCAAGAAGAAGAGUAAGACUAAAACAGGCGGGGGUCAGUCCAGCGGCGAACGUUAUCCGACAGGGGCUAGGCAGAAGAGUGGUCAGAUGAGCGAGGGUUCAAAACGAGACAACGGGAAAACUAGACACGGGGGGAAACUAGGAGAUACGCUUAGUACGAAUAGCGGCUUCCAGACGCUACAAACGAACCAUAGUCCAGGGGAGCGGUGGGGCGGGGGUGAGACAGGGCAAGGGCUGGAGGGCCAGGUCCCUGUGGAGGACCCGGUGAUUGAGGCAGGACCGGCAGGGCAGGAGCCCUCCAGGGCGGAGCCGGAGGCGGAGCAGGCAGUGCAAGAACCCUCCAGGGCGGAGCCGGUGGAGCCCUCCAGGGCGAAGCCGGAGGCGGAACAGGCGGCGCUAGAACCCUCCAGGGCGGAGCCGGAGGCAGAACAGGCGGUGCUAGAGCCCUCCAGGGCGGAGCCGGAGGCAGAACAGACGGCGCUACAGCCCUCCAGGUCGGAGCCGGAGGCAGAGCCAGCGACACUAGAGCCCCCAAGGGCGGAGCCGGAGGCGCAACAGCCCUCCCAGGCGGAACAGGAGGCGGAGCAGGAGGCGCCGCAGCCCUGCGGGGCGGAACAGGAAUCUGCAUCACGCUCUGGGACCUGGGGAGAGCAGGGACAGAGGAGGCAGACAGAAUAG